AUGGGCUCGAAUAGCAUCAGCGACGAGGCAUUGGCCUCGGAAGUCUUCUUGGUUGCCAAUGAUGAUCAGGCAGCCCGCACAAAAGUUUCCUGUCGUUGGCGGUUCGCACCGGCAGUGGAGGCACCGCGCUACUUUCAUAGUCUUGAUCUGUUCUUGGGCAUCGCCCCUGCAGUUUCUGCCGACGAUGAGCGGAUCCCCUCCGCCGCAGGCACUGCCCUCGAGCGUCUCGCCCGCACGCUUCAAUCCUACGCCGAAGAGGUCGAAGUGGCGGCGAAGGUGAUCCUGGUGGCUCGCGGUGGAUUCCUCUGCAGGAGCGAUAUCCUCGACUUGAGACUGCGGGAUUCCGAUUAUGUGGACUCGGUCAUUCGAUUCGCAACUCCGGAUGGUGGCUUUUUGCCAGUUCCGGCCCUGGAGGAAAACAAGUCUCUCUUGGAUCUGCUGCCUUCUUCCCCAGGGGCAUUUCUCCUGAAAAGGGCCCCAACGUUGACGCCAGAGCUAUUGGAGGAAGACUUGAAAACCCGCCUGUCCUUCGAUUGGAUACUUCCUACCAAGCCAGGGAGACGCAAGGUCGCUAUGGUAGGAGGUCGCCCGGCGUUUGACAUCACAAAAGGAUCAUUCGGUCAUCAGGGCGCGUACGAGGCUACUAAGGCUCUCGAUAUAUCGAUGGUCAUCGUGGAUCACCCGGGACAUUGGCUCCAAGACGAGGCAUAUUCUUACAUCCGGGAUGGCUUCAUUGCUAUCGAUGUUACCGACGACGCGGGCCUCCCAGGAAGAAUUGCCGAUGCAUUGAGAGGCAAAGGAUUUGACGGUCUCCUGACACUGUCGGACGAAUUCGUUCUCCCGACUGUGAGGGCAGCAGAAAUACUGGGCCUUCCCACUGAACCCUUAGCAUCGUACCUGCAGGCCCACAACAAGUACGAGGCACGGCAGCUGCUUAGUCCCAAUAUUCAGCAUCUAUUCGUGGCUAGUGCAGCACAGCUGGAUGACCCUUCUAUAGCCGCACAACUCAAGGCCUUCCAGUACCCAUUGAUUGUCAAACCAUGUCGGGGUGGCGGUUCCCGAGGGGUUAAGAAAGUCAAUGAUUCCCUGAGCCUCCGUCGGGCCGUGCAAAUCCUGGAAGAGACCGGGUUUUCGCGACACGGGAUUUUAAUCGAGACGUACGUCGAUGGCCCAGAGGUGGAUGCCAACUUCGUUCUCUGGGAUGGCGACCUGCUCUUCUGCGAGAUAUCGGACAAUUUUCCAUGCCAGGCAGACGCAGCAGAUGCCUCGGUGUCCGACAAUUUCGCGGAGACCGUAAUGAUCCUCCCCAGCCGACUGGAUCCCGAGGAGUUGCGUGCCAUUGAAACGUCCCUCCACCAAGGCCUUCUCAAGCUGGGCUUCCGCUCUGGCGUUUUUCACCUAGAAGCCCGGGUGAAGAGCUCCUCCAUGCGGUACCGGGAGACCGACGGCGCCGUUGAACUUGUCCACGCGGCGUCCAGUACGAGCGAUCCGCCAGAGGUGGUUCUCAUCGAGGUCAAUGCUCGACCGCCCGGUCUGCAGGCCGUUUUCGCAGUCACCUACACCUUCGGGGUGGACUACAGCGGCCUCCAGAUCCUUCGGGCUCUCGACGAUCGCGAGCGAUUCACCGCUCUAGCACAGCCUUUCGCUUGUGACGCGCAGUACCAUUGUGAGAUCUUUUUUGUUCCGGUGCAUCGCGAUAAUAUUGUCGUCCCCGACGACUUUUGCGAACAGGUUCUUCACCAACUGCCGUCCAUCGCGCCGCACGUGACGAGGGCUGAACGGACGGCGUUGAAGAAGGUCGUGUCCCCCGUCGGAGGCACCGGGUUUAUUGCGUAUUUUCUGAUCUGGUCGAGAGCGAGCCGGAAGGAGGUUUUGGAGACAGGCGAACGUAUCAGGGAAGUGUCGAGGAGAGUCCUGGACGAUGUUGAGUCCGCGGGGGUACCUUAAGGUACUGUAGUACGCCUAACGGUAUCGUUUCGAGAAUUACUUUUAUCGUAAAGAAGCAGUCAAUUACCACCG